UGUCGGUUGGCUGCUCUUUGCACCUCCCCCUCGUGCCUCCGCCGCCGCCACAGCGAGGAGCCACCGGCGACGCCAGAGCCGGGAAUCCGGGUAGACGGACAAUGAAGCCGAUGAAGAAGGCGUGCCCUGGCCUUGCAGGUUCUGCCAGCGGCAGCAAGUCCCCGCCAGCAACCAGGGCCAAGGCUUUGAGACGUCGAGGGGCCGGGGAAGGAGACAAGCCCGAGGAGGAUGAUGAGGAAGCGCAGCCGCAGGAGCACACAGGGCCAGAAGAGGCCGAGGAGGGUGAGGAAGAGGAGGCGGAGCGGGACCCUGGAGCUGAGGAGCCACCUCCAGACCUGCAGCCUGGCGACCCGACUGCAGGCUUAGCCGAGGACCCCAAAGGGGACGGGGAGGCAGGCCGCUGGGAGCCCUCGCUCAGCCGCAAGACGGCCACCUUCAAGUCUCGGGCCCCCAAGAAGAAGUAUGUGGAGGAGCACGGUGCUGUGGGGGCCCCAGAAGAGCGGGAGCGGACCCCUGAGGACCCCACUGCCCUGGGCGCGCCCCCGAGGCCACCCACCUCCGCGCGCUCCUCCUCGACGGACACGGCCAGUGAGCACUCAGCUGACCUGGAGGAUGAGCCAGCCGAGGCUCCAGGCCCCUGGCCCUCUGCUGGCGCCAGCGGUGGCUAUGACCUGCGGCAGCUGAGGUCCCAGCGGGUGCUGGCCCGGCGCGGUGACGGCCUCUUCCUGCCUGCUGUGGUGCGCCAGGUGCGCCGAAGCCACGACCUGGGCGUGCAGUUCCCUGGGGACCGGGCCUUGACUUUCUAUGAGGGGGUGCCGGGCGGUGCUGUGGACGUAGUUUUAGAUGCCACGCCACCGCCGGGUGCGCUGAUGGUGGGCACAGCUGUCUGCACCUGUGUGGAGCCCGGCGUGGCCGCCUACCGCGAGGGCGUCGUGGUGGAGGUGGCUUCCAAGCCAGCCGCCUAUAAGGUCCGCCUGAGCCCCCCAGGCCCCCUGCCGCAGGCCCCGCAGCCGCUGCACCGUGAACCCGAGGAAGCCGUGUGGGUCACCCGCUCCAGCCUGCGCCUGCUUCGGCCGCCCUGGGAACCCGAGGCCUUGCUGAGAAAGCACCCUCCGGGCCCAGAGGAAGAGGCGGCCGAGCCGGGGGCCGCCAUGCCCGCUGGCCCUUCCUCCUUGGAGCCCAAGCAGCCAGAGGACGCUGAGGUCUCCAACAUUAGCUUUGGUAGCACCCUGGGGAGUCGCUGUGAGGAGGGGGAGAAGCCCCCCCCAGCUCUGGGCGCGCCGGUCCUGCUCCCCCUGCCCCCGCCCCAGCUCCUGUCGCCGCCCCCGAAGUCCCCCGCCUUCGCCGGCCCCGGGCGCCCGGGAGAGCAGCCUUCGCCCUGCCAGGAGGGCAGCCAGGGCGGCAGCCGGAGCAGCAGCGUGGCGUCGCUGGAGAAGGGCGCCGCCCCGGCCGCGCGCGCCCGCACGCCGCUCACCGCCGCGCAGCAGAAGUACAAGAAGGGCGACGUGGUGUGCACGCCCAACGGCAUCCGGAAGAAGUUCAACGGCAAGCAGUGGCGCCGCCUGUGCUCCCGCGACGGCUGCAUGAAGGAGUCACAGCGGCGGGGCUACUGCUCGCGCCACCUGUCCAUGAGGACCAAAGAGAUGGAGGGCCUGGCGGACGGCGCGGGCGGCGCGGGGCGGCCGGCCGGCGGGGCGGCCCGCGAGGGCAGCGCCGAGUUCGACUGGGGCGACGAGACGUCGAGGGACAGCGAGGCCAGCAGCGUGGCGGCCCGCGGCGACUCCCGCCCGCGCCUGCUGGCCCCCGCCGACCUGUCCCGCUUCGAGUUCGACGAGUGCGAGGCGGCGGUGAUGCUGGUGUCGCUCGGCAGCUCCCGCUCGGGCACGCCGUCCUUCUCGCCCGUGUCCACGCAGUCGCCCUUCUCGCCCGCGCCCUCGCCCUCGCCCUCGCCGCUCUUCGGCUUCCGCCCCGCCAACUUCAGCCCCAUCAACGCGUCGCCCGUCAUCCAGCGCUCGGCCGUGCGCAGCCGCCACCUGAGCGCCAGCACCCCGAAGGCCGGCGUGCUCACCCCGCCGGACCUGGGCGCCCACCCGCCGCCGCCCGGCCCGCGCGAGCGCCACUCCUCCGGCAUCCUUCCCACCUUCCAGACCAACCUCACCUUCACCGUCCCCAUCAGCCCCGGGCGCAGGAAGGCCGAGCUGCUGCCCCACCCGGGCGCCUUGGGGGCCCCGGGGGCCGGCGGGGGCGCCGCCGCCGCGGACUUCCCCAAGAGCGACGGCCUGGACUCCGGCGUGGACUCGGUGUCCCACACGCCCACCCCCUCCGCGCCCGCCGGCUUCCGCGCCGUGUCGCCCGCCGCGCCCUUCUCCCGCUCCCGCCAGCCCUCGCCGCUGCUGCUGCUGCCCCCACCCGCCGGCCUCACCUCGGACCCGGGGCCCUCCGUGCGGAGGGUGCCCGCCGUGCAGCGGGACUCGCCUGUCAUCGUCCGCAACCCCGACGUGCCGCUGCCCUCCAAGUUCCCCGGAGACGUGGGCGCUGCCGGCGAGCCCCGGGCCGCGGGCCCUGGCAGGGGCUGCCGCGAGACCCCUGUGCCCCCCGGGGCGGCCAGCGGGAAGCCUGGCCUGCCCCCACCGCUGCCUGCCCCCGUGCCCAUCACUGUGCCUCCAGCCGCCCCGACUGCUGUGGCCCAGCCCGUGCCCACCUUGGGCCUGGCUUCUUCGCCCUUCCAGCCUGUGGCCUUCCACCCUUCACCCGCCGCCCUGUUGCCAGUCCUCGUGCCGAGCAGCUACCCCAGCCACCCCGCCCCCAGGAAAGAGGUCAUCAUGGGCAGGCCCGGAACAGUGUGGACAAAUGUGGAACCUCGUUCUGUGGCCGUGUUCCCCUGGCAUUCCUUGGUCCCCUUCCUGGCACCCAGCCAGCCAGACCCCUCUGUGCAGCCUAGUGAAGCCCAGCAACCUGCCAGCCACCCUGUGUCCGCCAACCAGAGCAAAGAACCUGCUGAAUCGGCUGCUGUUGCUCAUGAGCAGCCACCAGGAGGGACGGGGGGUGCUGACCCUGGGCGGCCCCCUGGAGCCGCCUGCCCUGAGAGCCCAGGGCCUGGCCCUCCACUCCCUUCGGGUGUUGUGGACCCUGGUAAAAGUCUCCCUCCCGCCACUGAGGAGGAGGCUCCUGGCCCUCCCGGAGAGCCCCGGCUGGACAGCGAGACGGAGAGCGAUCAUGACGAUGCCUUCCUCUCCAUCAUGUCUCCCGAGAUUCAGCUGCCUCUGCCCCCCGGAAAGCGCCGCACCCAGUCGCUGAGUGCCCUGCCCAAGGAGCGCGACUCGUCGUCUGAGAAGGAUGGACGAAGUCCCAACAAGCGGGAGAAGGACCACAUCCGUCGGCCCAUGAACGCCUUCAUGAUCUUCAGCAAGCGGCACCGGGCCUUGGUCCACCAGCGGCACCCCAAUCAGGACAACCGCACCGUCAGCAAGAUCCUGGGGGAGUGGUGGUAUGCCCUGGGGCCCAAGGAGAAGCAGAAGUACCACGACCUGGCCUUCCAGGUGAAAGAGGCCCACUUCAAGGCCCACCCAGAUUGGAAGUGGUGCAACAAGGACCGAAAGAAGUCCAGCUCAGAGGCCAAGCCCGCGAGCCUGGGGCUGGCCGGAGGGCACAAGGAGCCGCGGGAACGGAGCAUGUCGGAGACGGGGACUGCUGCCGCCCCUGGGGUGUCUUCCGAGCUCCUGUCGGUCACCGCCCAGACGCUCCUGAGCUCGGACACCAAGGCUCCAGGGAGCGGCCCGUGUGGGGCAGAGCGGCUGCACACGGUUGGGGGUCCGGGCUCAGCCCGACCCAGAGCCUUCUCCCACAGCGGGGUGCACGGUCUUGACGGAGGGGAGGCGGACAGCCAGGCACUGCAAGAGCUGACCCAGAUGGUUUCUGGCCCCACGUCAUACUCCGGCCCAAAGCCUUCCCCCCAGUAUGGCGCGCCGGGACCUUUUGCAGCCCCUGGUGAAGGGGGCACCUUGGCCACUGGUGGGCGGCCCCCUCUGUUGGCCUCCCGAGCCUCCCGCUCCCAGCGCGCAGCCAGUGAGGACAUGACCAGCGAUGAGGAGCGCAUGGUCAUCUGCGAGGAAGAGGGCGACGAUGACGUCAUUGCGGAUGACAGCUUUGGCACCACUGACAUUGAUCUGAAGUGCAAGGAACGGGUGACUGACAGUGAGAGUGGAGACAGCUCUGGGGAGGACCCGGAGGGCAGCAAGGGCUUCGGCCGGAAGGUGUUCUCGCCCGUCAUCCGAUCCUCCUUUACCCAUUGCCGUCCCACCCUGGACCCUGAGCCUCCGGGGCCCUUGGAUCCUCCCGCCGCCUUCAGCAAAGGCUAUGGCCCCACCCCAUCCUCCUCCUCACCGGCCUCCACCUCAGCCUCCGUCUCCACCUCCACCUCUUUUUCACUGGGCUCUGGGACCUUUAAGACCCAGGACUCUGGUCAGGGCUGCACCGCGGUCCCACUACGGCCCCCACCUCCUGGAGGCGGGGCCCCAGCCACACCCUCCAAGGCCGCUCGGUUCCUCCCCACGGACCCUGCCGCCUUCCGGCGCAGGAGGCCGGAAAGCGUCGGGAGCCUGGAGGUGCCAGGCCCCUCCGUCAUUGCAGCGCCUCCCGGUGGGGCGGGGAGCACUCUGCAGACGCUGGUCCUGCCUCCCAGCAAGGAGGAGCGGGAGGGCAGGGUGCCCUCCGCCCCCGCCCCGCCACUGGCCUACGGGGCUCCAGCAGCCCCUCUGUCCCGCCCCGCUGCCACCAUGGUCACCAACGUGGUACGGCCUGUCAGCAGCACUCCCGUGCCCAUUGCUUCUAAGCCCUUUCCUGCCUCCGGCCGGGCUGAGGCAUCUUCCAGUGACUCAGUAGGUGCCAGGACUGAAGUGGGCACUGGGUCCCGGGUGCCUGGGGGCUCCCCUCUGGGUGUCAGUUUAGUGUAUCCGGAUAAGAGGUCAGCAGCAGCCACCUCGCCAGCUCCGCACUUGGUAGCUGGACCCCUGUUGAGCGCUGUGGGGAAGGCACCCGCUACCGUCACCAACCUGCUGGUGGGCACCCCAGGCUACGGGGCUCCCGCGUCACCUGCUGUCCAGUUCAUUGCCCAGGGAGCCCCAGGCAGUGCGGCCCCUGCAGGCUCAGGAGCCAGUGCUGGGAGUGGCCCCAAUGGACCCGUACCCCUGGGCAUCCUGCAGCCAGGUGCCCUAGGCAAGGCCGGGGGUAUCACCCAGGUGCAGUACAUCCUGCCCACCCUGCCCCAGCAGCUGCAGGUGGCACCUGCCCCAGCACAGGCCCCUGGGGCCAAGGCAGCAGCUCCCAGCGGCCCCCCGCCCACCACCAGCCUCCGUUUCACCCUCCCCCCGGGCACCUCGACCAACGGCAAGGUCCUGGCUGCCACGGCGCCCACUGCUGGCAUCCCUAUCCUGCAGUCCGUCCCCUCGGCCCCACCCGCUAAAGCCCAGUCAGUUUCCCCUGUCCAGGCCACACCUUCAGGUGGCUCCGCCCAGCUGCUGCCUGGGAAGGUGCUAGUCCCCCUGGCUGCCCCUAGCGUGUCAGUCAGAGGGGGAGGGGCUGGCCAGCCGCUGCCCCUGGUCAGCUCGCCUUUCUCAGUACCUGUCCAAAAUGGUGCCCAGCAACCUAGCAAGAUCAUCCAGCUGACUCCUGUGCCUGUGAGCACACCUGGUGGCCUGGUGCCACCCCUGAGCCCAGCCACGAUGUCGGGACCCACGUCGCAGCCUCAGAAGGUCCUGCUGCCCUCUUCCACAAGAAUCACCUAUGUGCAGUCAGCGGGUGGGCACACCCUGCCCUUGGGCACCAGUCCUGCGUGCAGCCAGGCUGGAACAGUGACCUCCUACGGGCCCACCAGCUCUGUGGCUCUGGGCUUCACGUCCCUGGGGCCCAGCGGCCCCGCCUUCGUGCAGCCCCUGCUCUCAGGCCAAGCCCCGUUGCUGGCUCCUGGCCAGGUGGGCGUGUCACCUGUGCCCAGCCCCCAGCUGCCUCCUGCCUGCGCCGCCCCUGGAGGCCCUGUCAUGACAGCGUUCUACCCUGGCAGCCCUGCGCCCACCUCAGCACCUCUGGGCCCCCCUUCCCAGGCUCCGCCAAGUCUGGUCUAUACUGUGGCCACCGGCACCACCCCACCCGCCGCCACCAUUCUGCCCAAGGGCCCCCCGGCCUCUGCCACUGCCACUCCAGCCCCAACUAGCCCUUUCCCUACUGCUGCAGCAGGCUCCAUGACCUACAGCUUAGUGGCGCCCAAGGCCCAGCGGCCCAGCCCAAAGGCCCCCCAGAAAGUGAAGGCAGCCAUAGCCAGCAUCCCUGUGGGGUCUUUUGAAUCGGGCUCCACUGGUCGGCCCGGACCUCCAUCCCGACAGUCUCUGGACUCUGGCACAGCCCGAGAGCCAGCUGCCCUAGAAUCAGAGCUUGAGGGGCAGCCCCCCCCCCCGGCCCCGCCACCUCCCCCCGAGACCUGGCCUCCAACUGCCCGGAGCAGCCCCCCUCCUCCCCUGCCUGCUGAGGAGCGACCUGGCGGCAAAGGCCCCGAGACCGCCAGCAAGUUCCCAGGCUCCUCUUCAGACUGGCGAGUCCCUGGGUUGGGCCUGGAGAGCCGUGGGGAGCCCCCCACCCCCCCAAGCCCGGCCCCGGCCACAGGCCCUGGUGGAAGCAGCAGCGGCAGUGAGGGCAGUAGUGGGAGGGUGGCCGGGGACACACCUGAGCGCAAGGAAGCCGCUAAUUGUGGCAAGAAGAUGAAGGUGCGGCCCCCGCCCCUGAAGAAGACCUUUGACUCAGUGGACAACAGGGUCCUGUCGGAAGUGGACUUUGAAGAGCGCUUUGCUGAGCUGCCCGAGUUUCGCCCAGAAGAGGUGCUGCCUUCCCCCACGCUGCAGUCCCUGGCCACCUCGCCCCGGGCCAUCCUGGGCUCCUACCGCAAGAAGAGGAAGAACUCCACAGACCUGGACUCGGCGCCCGAGGACCCCACCUCACCCAAGCGCAAGAUGAGGAGACGUUCGAGCUGCAGCUCGGAGCCCAACACCCCCAAGAGUGCCAAGUGCGAGGGGGACAUCUUCACCUUUGACCGCACAGGUACCGACGCAGAGGACGUGCUGGGGGAGCUGGAGUACGACAAAGUGCCCUACUCGUCGCUGCGGCGCACGCUGGACCAGCGCCGGGCCCUGGUCAUGCAGCUCUUCCAGGACCACGGCUUCUUCCCCUCAGCCCAGGCCACAGCAGCCUUCCAGGCCCGCUACGCAGACAUCUUCCCGUCCAAGGUGUGUCUGCAGCUGAAGAUCCGGGAGGUCCGCCAGAAGAUCAUGCAGGCAGCCACUCCCGCCGAGCAGCCCCCUGGGGCUGAGGCCCCCCUCCCCGGACCGCCCCCGGCUGGCAUGGCUGCUACUCCCGUCCCCACGCCCAGCCCCGCUGGGGGUCCCGACCCCACCUCUCCAGGCUCGGACUCUGGCACUGCCCAAGCUGCUCCGCCACUGCCUCCACCCCCAGAGCCCGGGCAGCCUGGCUGGGAGGGGCCCCCCCAGGCCUCACCUCCGCCCUCUGGCCCCUCCACAGCUGCCACGGGCAGGUGAGGGGCCCUGGAGAAGAUCCACAGCACCCCCUCAGGAUGUGGACAGUGACCUCCUCCCCAGGAAGCCACCUCUCCUUCCCAGCUGGGCACGGAAGGCGGCCUGUCCCCUUGUAUAUAUUCCCGCCCUGUGGGGGGGCCGCGGGGGGCAGACACCCUCCACUGCGCUCCUGCACGUGACUGAGGCGUGAGGCCUUCAGAGCUUUUCACUUGUACUUUACACAGAGUGGCUCCUGUGAGGGCUGCAGGCUGGAGGGGAGUGUGAGCCUUGGCCACAGGGAGAUGCCUGUGGAGCGGUGGGGAGUUGACACACCCCACUUUUUCCCCAGAGGGGCUGGACUCAGGUUAGUUUGGGGUGGGGCGCCCUCCCACCCUCUGCCCUCCCAACUUGGGUUGUACUUUCUAAGAAGGUGAUUUCCCUAUGUUGUCCCCAUUCCCAGAACAUGUUGAUCAUGUGCAAUAUUUCUUACUGUGCCGAGAAGCCGCAAUGACCGAGAUUAAAGCUGUUUAACACA